UGUUCGCCACAUUAUCGUUUACGCAGCAAAAAUAAAAAUCAUGUCGAAAGAAAUAAGUCGGCUGGAAACAUUUGGUAAAAUUUCGACCCUUACACCAUGUUCCCAGAAAAAAAUGCGAAAACCUUUAGUAUUUAUUUCGCUUUUGGUCGUUGUUGCAAAUUCCGCAUGGAAAUGGGACACUCUCGAACUCUCCAAGUAUACCAAAAAUUCCGACAGAAUUCACUACAUUACGUUUAAAUUGGCAUUGUGGAUUUCAUACGCUGUGGCACGACUUGCAUUUCUGAUCUCUGCCCCCCAUUUCAUCCAGUUGUACUCGGAGGCUAAACAAUAUGCCCAGGAUUUCAUGCAUCAAGACGAAAAAAAGGUAGCGAGGAGGUUCAAAUGCAUCUCGCUCAUCUUUCUGAACACGAUUUUCUUCGGACAAAUUUUGGAAUUUGUAAUUCGUCAUUUUUUUCAAGAAAACAAUCCCGCAGAACUUGAUCACUGCGAACGUGUCCUCUUCCCAUGUAAAACCUUCCACUGGGUGCAUUUUGGAAUCACUGCAUUCUUUCACGUUCUGGACUCAAUGACACUCUAUUAUUUGACAUACUUCGCAAUCACGAUGUCAAAUUUUCUUAUCAAAAUUUUGGACCAUUUCCAACAGAAAGUAGUGAAACGGUUGGAUUCAUCUCGGGGUAACGUUAAUAUUGAUUUUGUUACCCCGAUAUUCAUCCUGAAGCAGCAUGGACAGCCAGAUAAGGACGGAAAGGUGGAGAAUAGUGGGAUAAAAGGUGGCCAAGAAAGCGACAAGACGAAUAUUCACGCCCAAUUCUCCAGAAUCAAGGAACUCUUCAACAGUAUGAAUUGCGCGAUUGGUACUCCGAUGAUUGUCUCGAGUUUCGCAGACAUUUUGGUCAUGAUUUGCAUCAUUUAUUCCUUUAUUCCGAGGUUGGAAAGAGGUGGUUAUGGUGGAGGUGGAGCAGGAAGAGGUCCGUAUGGUGGUUGGGGUGGCGGUGGGGGUGGAGACAGGGGCAUGAUUAUUCCCGGAGGAGAAGAAAUGCAACCAGGUUUUAAUACCACGGUCGAUAACGUCAGCAAUUAUACUGGAACGGAAUAUUAUGAAAAUCAUGUUGACGGAGGAUAUCACACAUACGGAGGAGCAGAAUCCUAUAUUCCGAAAUCUGGAUAUCAUUCGAUGCAGGGAAUUCAAUUUUCGUACGUCUUUGCAGUAUUAUAUGAGGCACGGAUGCUGUUGGUAGCGUUAGUUGGAACUUUCCUGAAAUUUGAGAUUCAGAAAAUGAAGGACAUUCUGGACGACAAGAUUCAUCAGAAAUCUGGGCGUGGAGAAAAAAUGUGGCUCAGUUCAACCGCGGGGGAGGAGGAAGAAGAACUUGAGUCGGUGGUGGAUCGCGUGGGGAAAUGGAGCUGGUCAUUACGACCGAUGGAUAUGUUCAAUGUGGAUUUGAGCGUCAUUCCAACGAUGAUGGCCUGCGUCAUGACAUAUGUUGUGGUCCUACUGCAAAUCCAAAUCUCAGAAACGUGAAGUCAAAUAUGUACAUACGCACAACAUUGUGUGAUUUCCGACACUUUUAAUCAUAAUAAUUAUGUUUAGAUGUCGCACGUACUUUAUGGUACGCAAAUUAUUGUUUUCAUGGAUUUCAUGCAUUGUUAGGUAGGCUUGCAUUAAAAAUUCUACCAAAAAUAAGUAAAUAAAUCACGCUAUGUCUACAGAUGUA